AUGGCGCACGCACCCGUGCUAGCGGCUCAAGCGCGUAUAUCUGCGGCCCAACUGCCCGUGUCAGCGGCGGCGCAAGCGCCCUUAUCGGCGCAAGCCGCGGCGCUUCUGCUCUCCGCAUUCUCCAUCGCCGCGCGCGCGCUGCUCGGCUCGUUUCAUCUCCUCCUCUCCGCCUUCCUCCUCCACGUGGCAUCAGUCGCCGCGUCCGCCGCGUCGCUCUGCAUUUCCCCUCUCUCGCCCCUCUUCCACGUGGCAAACGCAAACGCCGCAUCGCCUUCCGACUCCUGUAACGGAUCCCCUCACGAUCCUCUCCUUAGCGCGGAUGCCGCUGCCGCCGGCGGUCCCAACGAGGAGACACAAAAGGACAAUGAACGAUCAUGCAACGCCAUUGGCCAGCAAUACCCGUCGCUGUUGCUGUACGGCGGCCACGUGGCGCACCAUAGGAGCCACCCGACGCGGCACGGCUUUAACUACGCUGUGCGCUACGCGCUGGUCAACCUCGACGCUCCUCCUGAUUGGUUCGCGCGGUCGUCCGCGGAGCACCACAUGUCGGCUGAUGAGGCGCGCUCGUUCGCCGGAACGGACGGACCAAUCUUGCUACUCACCAACCCAACGAGCAUGGGGUACGAGCAGAACCCCAUCAGCGUCUACUACUGCUACCGUGGCUGCGGCAGCACCACCACUGGCACUGUCACGGUCACCACUAAUGGUAUCAGCAAGAGCGAGGAGGGGCAGUGUGAGGAGGAGUCGCUUUUGCCCCCGGCUGACUCUCUGGCAGUCUGCAUUGGCGAGGUGUCCAACACCCCCUGGACCGAUCGAGUGACCUUCCUCUUUGCCCCUCUGCUAGACCACGUGCCCAAGCCGCUGCACGUCUCGCCCUUCAUGGACAUGCAAUCGACAUGGGUGAUGCGCGCUCUGCCCCCCUCCCACCGCAUCUCACUGCACAUCACCGCUCUGCACCCUGUGCUGGGUUGCAGGGAGGCUGCAGCAGCGCAGGAGUCACACAAGGAGAAUGAGAAGGAGGCAGAGACAGGGGGUGCAGGGAGUGGUGGGGAGGACGCAGCGGAAACCAACGGCAGUGGCAGCAGCAGGAAUAUCAGCAUCAGCAAUGGCGGCAAUAGCAUGGGCAGCAGCAUAUUCGUGGCAUGUCUUGACAUUGACUGCCUGCCUGCAGCGCAGCAGCCAUACCUCCUCCCCCCCUCCCUGCCCACCGUUCCCACCCUGCCUCGCCCUCUCACUCCCUCCCAAUGUCACCCACCCCCGCGGUCCUCCGCCCAACAACCCUCGGUGCACGGGGUCAUAGCGGAGUGGAGCAGGGAGGUGCGCUGCCGCUGGUGGCUGUGCUGCAUGCCGCACCGCGUGGCCUUCUGGAUCUACUGGCAGGCCUUUCUCCUGUGGUGGAAAGGAGUGCCUCUAUUUGAGCACCCCAAGUACACUGAGGGGCCUGCCUAUGCUGAUCUGGAUCGCCUACUCCUCGCGGGGCUAAAGAAGCGAAAGCUUGCUAUUCAGGUUACUGUCACUAGCUGUCGAGGGUCGAGCGGCAGAAUGACCCGACCGCGGCUUCUGAGCGUGGUGCUGGGAAUCCUUUCCGUGGCGACGAUUGCAGCAGCUUACAGAAGCACUCAAGCCCCGCUUCGCAUCGACUGCGGCUCGGACAGCCCCACGUCGGCCAACGGCUUGGAAUGGCAGGGGGACAAAUACUCCAACGGCGGCGAAUCGCACACCAUCGCAUCCGCCAACUCCUUUUCGCUCAACACUGUAGAGUCGACGCUCCGGGCGUUUGCCGUCGGCACGACCGGCUGCUACAAUAUCCCCGUUAUUGAGGGCCGCUAUCUCGUGCGCGUGAGCUUCGCGUAUUACAAUUACGACGAUAAGAACAUGCCGCCCUACUUCAGCGUGCUCGUGCAGAACACUGUAGUCGAGAGCGUCGAUAUGACCGUCGUACAGUCCAACUUCGUUAGCGGCGCCUACUACUCCGACUACAUCGCGUACGCGCUGAACGGGAAGCUCUCCGUGUGCUUCCAGGCGCAGCCCGGGUCGCCCGGCCCCGCUAUAGUGAACUCGUUAGAAGUCCUCCCGCAGGACACUGACGCGUACGACGCCGCGACGCUCGGCAACAAGGUCAUCCUCUCCACGUACGUUCGGCUCAACAUGGGUGGUGGCAAGGUCGGGCCCGAACCUGCAGACCCGGGCUUCCGAACGUGGAUGGAGGAUGUUCGGCCAGAGCAAGGCAACUUCACCGUCCUAACCAAAGAUUCAACCUCGGCACCGAUCGCCGGCACGGGGGUCGCACCCGACUACCUCCCCCCGGCGGUUUUCGAAACGUCCCGGGCUGCCCUGACGCCCCUGUCGAACGCGAGCGGCGUCGCCGGGCGACCGUCGCAAAUGUCGCAGGCGACGGGGUUUCGCAUGACGGUGCUGCCAGUGGACAAGAACAACAUGUGGUAUAUCCGAUUUUAUUUCGUCGAGCUCGAUCCGUCCGCGCAGCCCGGCGAUCGUGUGUUCGAGAUUCUGCUGGGCAGCGGGAACGUGGUCAAGUCCAUUGGUAACCAGGCGGGCGGGUUCGACAUCCGCGCUAAGGUGGCUCCGUUAACGGCGCUGGUGGUGCCGGUGUUUUUCAACUACUCGCAGUAUUCGUCCAACUACGGGGAGGAUCUGGAGGUUGGCGUGCGGACGGUCGGCGGGAGCCGGUUGCCAGCGGUGAUCAGCGGUGUGGAGCUGUUUGAAGUGGUGCCGCAGACGACCACGGAGAGCUCAGGCCUCUCGGGUGCAGCGAUAGCAGCCAUAGUGAUCGGAUGUCUGUUCGUGGUGGUGCUGAUCGUGCUGGGAGUGGUGCUCAUCAUGCGCCGUCGCAGGGCAGGCGGAGCAGGCUUCAGCCAGAUCUCCGAGCACUAG